GUCCUUCUCUUGCGGCCAUGGAAAGGGUAUCAAAGUCAUUCUAUCGCAUCAUAAGAGGGCAACACAGUCCAUAUAGAUUCUUGUAUUAUAAGUUAUUGGCAAUGUAUUGUCCAGUAGAUGCUUCUUCGAUGAUAGAAAAUGACGAACAAGAACGUGCGAUCCAUGCUCCGGUUUUACCAAAAAUUCAAAAAACUCUUGCAAAAAAAGAAUUCAGAGAAUAUAAAGUAUCUGACUGGAAGAUUCAGUUUGUCGAGUCAUAUAAAUAUUACGUGACUCAGGUAUGCACCAUUUGUGCUGAACCCGGUGAUCCUAUUCCUGUGUGGGAGCCUUGGAAGACCUACGUGUAUGACCUUGGAAUGCACUGUACUUUUUACCUUCGUUCACAUCUUGACCACCUUCGGCGGCAAAAAUAUUCUGAUCCUCAAAUUGCUUUGGAUCGAGAUGUUGAACAACGUCAAUCAGAAAGAUUUUCUAAAGAAAAUGCAAAACGUAAGAGAAAACAAAAAGAACAAGAUGAUUCUUACACCGAACGAACAAAAUCUAUUCUUAAAU